UUCACAAACUCUCUCUCUCUCUCUCUCUGUCUCUCCAUCUCUCCGUCUGCCUUUGUCAAAGUUUGGCUACAUAAAGUCCCUUUUAGGUUUAUCUUCAGAUUCACACUAAAUUGAGCGCGGCAUCCUGGCCCUGGCCGUAAGGCAGCUGGCGGAAAAUGACCCUGCAACCAUUAACUCCAGUGAACUGUGCAGGCCUUAUCCAGCCCGGCUUCUCUCUGCUGCAGCUCGAUGGGGAAGUUCUCCUGUUUGGCCAGAAAGGUUGGCCAAAGCGCUCAUGUCCUACGGGCGUGUUUGGCGUUCGCAUUAAAUGUGGUGAGAUGAAGUUGAGGGCCAUCUCUUUCUCCAAUGACUCAUGCUACCUUCCUCCAUUACGUUGCCCAGCUGUUUGCCGCCUCGACCCCUACGACGGGCUUCCGGAGAGUUAUCUCAUCCACGGUGGUCGCACCCCAAAUAACGAGAUCUCAUCGAGUCUGUACCUGCUGACCAUGGAUAGCCGGGGCUGCAAUCGUAAACUGACCCUGUGCUGCAAAGAGAAAGAACUAGUGGGAGAAGUGCCAGGGGCGAGAUACGGCCACACCAUGAGCAUGGUUCAAAGCCAUGGGAAGACAGCUUGUGUAUUGUUUGGUGGGAGAUCCUACAUGCCUGCGGGAGAGCGGACCACAGAGAGCUGGAAUAGCGUGGUCGACUGUCCCCCCCAGGUGUUCCUGUUUGACUUGGAGUUUGGUUGCUCCUCUGCACACACUUUACCUGAGCUCAGCGACGGACAGUCUUUCCAUUUGGCCCUUGCCAGAGAGGACUGUGUCUACUUCCUCGGGGGUCACUCGCUCACCUCUGACUCCCGCCUCCCUCGACUCGUCCGCCUGCGUGUUGAGCUCCUGCAGGGCAGCCCCUUGCUUUCCUGUGAGACUCUCGAAACUGGCAUAUCCAUCUCCAGUGCCAUAAUCAGCCGUACAGGUCCUAGCCACAGAUAUAUCAUCUUAGGUGGGUAUCAGUCAGACUCUCAGAAGAGGAUGGAGUGCAGCACUGUGAUUCUGAAUGAGAAAGGGAUCCACUUUGAGACCUUAGAGGCACCUAAGUGGAUCCCAGAUAUCAUCCAUAGUCGGACUUGGUUUGGAGGCAGUGCUGGGGAGGGAAGCAUCCUACUUGCUGUACCUACUGAGGGAAGGCCGUCCCAAGCGGACAUGCAUUACUUCUAUCAGGUGAGCUUCCAGACCGAGGGAGACUCCAAAGAGAAGGAUGUGACCCAGGGCUGCAGCCAGGAGCCAACAGAAUUCGAUGACUCCACUCCUCUCGAAGACUCUGAGGAGCUCUACUUUGGUCGUGAGCCGCAUGAACUGGAGGACAGCAGUGAUGGAGAAGAGGGUAAUUACAAUGAGGAGGAUGAGGAGGACGAAUCCCAAACCAGCUACUGGAUCAAAUGCUGCCUGGGCUGUCAGGUGGACCCCAACACGUGGGAGCCCUACUACUCCACUGAGCUCCACCGGCCAGCCAUGAUCUUCUGCUCCAGAGGGGAAGGGGGACACUGGGUCCAUGCCCAGUGCAUGGAGCUGUCUGAGACCCUGCUGCUCCGGCUCUCUCAGGGAAGCAAAAAGUACUUCUGCCAUGACCACGGAGGCCUGCCCUACCAGGAGAUGACCCCACCUCGACAGGUCAUGUCUCUGAAGCGUAUCGCCAUGAAAGUUAAGGACAGGAAAACUCCUCCGACAAUCAAGAUGUCCCCUGCCAAAAAAAGCUUUUUCAGGAGGCUUUUCGACUGAAUCCAGUUUAUGAUGUGGCUCGAUCACUGU